AUGGAGGAACUUUGCUACCGCUUCGAGCAGGGAGACCCCACUCCAGAAUCUCUCCUCUGGGAGCCGGCAGAUCCUGACCCACAGCUGGAGAACUUCCUCCUGGAGUGCCUGGCAGAGCCCUCCUGGCCAGGGGGUGCUGAGCCGGACAAGGACCUGCUCAGGCGGCCCCAGCAGCGCUGCGCCGCCAACCUCCGCGAGCGGAGAAGGAUGCUCAGCAUCAACUCGGCCUUCGACGAGCUGCGCAGCCACGUGCCCACCUUCCCCUACGAGAAACGCCUCUCCAAGAUCGACACGCUGCGCUUGGCCACCGCCUACAUCGCCCUGCUCGGGGACAUCCUCCUGUCCGGCCGCCCCCCCAGAGCCUACGUGGAGCAGUGCCUGAGGAGCGGCUCCCAAAGUGCCCAGCAGGCUGCCUGGAACACCAGCGAUCUGACAGCCCGCCUGUCCUGGGUAAAGUGGGAUUAA